CAUCGAUGAAGAGGAGGGAAGGGACGGCUGGAGAAUGGCAAGUCGGAUCUGGAGGGCGAGGACCGUCGUCGAGCGAUGUUUGGCCCGAGUUUCGAACAGAAGAGUUCACACGCGAAGGGUCGACACCAUCGCUACUCAGAAAGCCGCUAAAGAUUUCGUAUUUCUCUUAUCGCCCGACGAAAGGACCAUCUUGCUGGAAGAAUUAGAUAAUUUCCAGAAAGCUGCUAAACAAGAACAAGCGCCAGUGUAUCCGACUACAAAGCAACUACAAGCCGUUGCCAUUCAUAAUGCCAUUCCUUUUAUCGGAUUUGGUUUUUUGGAUAAUUUUAUCAUGAUUGUAGCAGGUGAUUAUAUCGAUGCAACUAUAGGUAUUACGCUUGGAAUAUCUACUAUGGCAGCUGCCGGCUUAGGGAAUGCUUUAUCUGAUGUUUGUGGAAUUGGAUCAGCUUGGUAUGUUGAAAGAUUAGCUACUAAAGUAGGUGUACAGGCACCAUCACUUACACCACUUCAAGUUGAUAUGCCAAGAACACGCUGGAGUGCUAAUAUGGGUAGAGCUUUAGGCGUUACCGUUGGUUGUAUUUUGGGUAUGGUUCCGCUACUUUUUCUCAAAGAGAAGAAAACUGUACAAGAGGAGGAAGUGAAGAAAGGCUGACAGUACUAGAGUUUAGACACUUGCAUUUAAUUAUAAUACGAAUAGACUCACGGUACUAUUCAGGAUAAGGAAUGAUCUGAUUGGGUUUAAUAGACGUGUUUUCAAGUAACGUUAAAAGCCUAAAUCAGCUAUUUCCACAAAAUCAGAAUUUUAGCCCAGUAACGUUUAUAUGAUGCGUAUAAUCUAUUAAUGUUGUUUUGCCUUAAACUUUUACAGAAGAGAUUAAAGUAUAUAUAUUUGUGUUUUUAGAUGUUUCCAAUUGUGAUACCAGUUUCUAUGUUAACUUGGAAUCAUAUUUGUGCACAUUUUAACUGUGUUAUUAGAUUUUAUUUUAUUUUUAUUUAAUUUAUUUGCUCAUUUUAUUCAGUUUAUUAAUAAUCAUAUUUAUUUUCAGUAUUUAAGUUUACAAGAAUUUAUUCUUAUUAUUAAUGUUAAAAAGUUUAACUUCUAGGUUGCUUUAUAAGUAAGGUAAUUAUUGUAUAAUUGCACAAAAAAACUAUAUUACGAAGUUUUGAAUGUAGCAAAUAGCUAAUUUUUAUAUUGAAUGUCUUAAUAAUAUAUGAUAGUAUUGAGCUUAAGUGAUAUCCAAAGAAAAAACUCUAUAAAUUAUGGCAUUAUAUUGGUUAAUUAUCUGUGAAUGAAACAUCUAGGUCAGUGGUUCUCAGCAGAAUUGUUACAUUAUAUUAAAUUGUCUAAGGUUUUCGUGGGAUUCUGUGAGAUCAUCUCUAAAAAAACAAAUCGCAUAUCUUUGUUAAUUCAAGUAGCAAUUGUUAUUAAAGAAUUAUUACCAUUAUUUGCACGAAAAGUAAAUAAUUACUAAGAAAUCUUAUACUUGUAAUAUUUUAAAUUAAAUUUAUCUGGCUAAUUUUAUGGUGCUGCGAGUUGAAAUGAUUGAGAACUACUAACUAGAUACUCGAAUAAUGGAUAAUUAUAAUAUUAAAGCAAGAUUCACAUAUGCUAUUACAAUGAUAUAAUUGGUGAUGGCAUGUUACAUAAACACUGUUAAGUAAAUUGUAUAAAAUUUACUUAACAGUGAUUUUGCAACAAAUUACCUGAAAAUUAUGUACUUAUAUAUUAAUAUAAAUUUAUACUUUAAUUAAAAAGCAUAUCAUUGAGUAUACAAUUCAAAUAAACUUUUAAGAAUAAACCUUAUAUUCUCUACUAGAAUAUUCUCAAUUCACUGGUAACUACUUUUGGAUAUCAUUAAAAAAAAAAAA